CGCUUAUUAGCGUCUCACGCAGCUCCCUCUGCUUCUCCUCGACCAUUUGCAGAUUUCUCAAAGAGCAAUGGCAUUUGUCAAAGCCCAGAAGUCGAACGCAUAUUUCAAGCGUUUCCAAGUCAAAUUCAAGAGAAGAAGGCAGGGGAAGACUGAUUACCGGGCAAGGAUUCGUCUUAUCAAUCAGGACAAGAACAAGUACAACACUCCGAAGUAUCGAUUUGUUGUGCGAUUCACAAACAAAGAUAUAAUCGCUCAAAUUGUGUCUGCUAGCAUCACUGGCGAUCAUGUCCUCUCUGCUGCCUAUGCACACGAGCUGCCCCGUUAUGGCCUUGAAGUUGGCCUCACAAAUUAUUCUGCUGCUUACUGCACUGGACUGCUUCUGGCCCGCCGAGUGCUGAAAAAGCUCGAGAUGGAUCAAGAGUAUGAAGGAAAUGUUGAGGCCACUGGAGAAGAUUACUCUGUGGAACCAGCUGAGAGCAGGAGGCCCUUCCGCGCACUCCUUGAUGUUGGCCUUUUGAGAACUACAACUGGAAACCGUGUCUUUGGUGCACUCAAGGGUGCUCUUGAUGGUGGACUUGAUAUACCUCACAGUGAUAAGCGCUUUGCCGGAUUUAACAAGGACAACAAGCAACUCGAUCCUGAAGUGCAUCGCAAGUACAUCUACGGUGGCCAUGUUGCAGCUUACAUGAACACUUUGAUGGAAGAUGAGCCGGAGAAGUACCAGUCUGUGUUCAGUCAGUAUAUAAAGAAAGGUGUUGAAGCAGAUAACAUUGAGGCUUUGUACAAGAAGGUCCAUGCGGCCAUUCGUGCUGACCCCACAGAAAAGAAAUCACAAAAGCAGCCACCUAAGGAGCACAAGAGAUUCAACCUAAAGAAGUUGACAUACGAGGAGAGGAAGGCCAAGUUGAUCGAGAGGUUGAAUGCUCUGAAUGCUGCUGCAGGAAAUGGUGAUGAGGACGAUGACGAUGACGAUGAUGAUGAUGAGUGAGGAAAUUAUUGUUAGUAGAAAACCUGAAUUGCUUUUAAUUUUGAGUAUUGGUUUUUUUUUUUUUUACUGGAAAAUUAUCCUUUUCAUUAUUCGUUGUUACUUUU